GAUUUUAAGGAGCCAAAGAAAGGAAAGACCAGAGGACAGGACGUCACAGUUUGUGGCUACCCGCUCAGCAUAUUUUUCAUUGUGGUAAAUGAGUUCUGCGAGAGAUUCUCCUACUAUGGCAUGCGCGCUGUCCUGGUACUGUACUUUAAGUACUUCCUGCUCUGGGACGAUGAUACGGCCACGUCCAUCUACCACACUUUUGUCGCUAUGUGUUACCUCACCCCUAUUCUGGGGGCCGUUGUGGCUGACUCCUGGCUGGGGAAAUUUAAGACGAUCAUCUACUUGUCCAUUGUCUACGCACUGGGUCAGGUGGCCAUGGCUGUCAGUGCAAUCCACGACAUUACGGACGCCAACAAAGAUGGGACGCCCGACGACCUUACCUUCCACGUUGUAAUGUCAAUGGUGGGUCUCUUCCUCAUUGCUUUGGGCACUGGUGGCAUCAAACCAUGCGUAGCUGCCUUUGGUGGGGACCAGUUCAGUGACCACCAGGAGAAGCAGAGAAGAACUUUUUUCUCCGUGUUUUACCUGUGCAUCAAUGGAGGCAGCCUCUUGUCAACCAUAAUCACUCCCAUUCUUAGAGCUCAGGAAUGUGGCAUCCACACCAAGCAGAGUUGCUAUCCCCUUGCAUUUGGAGUCCCUGCUGCUUUGAUGGUGAUAGCACUGGUGGUGUUCAUCGUCGGCAGCGGCAUGUACUACAAAGCAGAACCGCAAGGGAACAUCAUGAUGGAUGUGUUUAGCUGCAUCGGCUUUGCCAUUGAAAACCGCUACAGGCACCGAAGCAGCAUAUACCCCAAAAGGCAGCACUGGAUGGACUGGGCAGAGGAAAAGUAUGAUAAACUACUAAUUGCUCAAAUCAAAAUGGUGCUGAAGGUUCUCUUCUUGUACAUUCCACUUCCUAUGUUCUGGACUCUGUUUGACCAGAAGGGUUCCAGGUGGACUUUGCAGGCCACUACUAUGGAUGGAAACUUUGGCACUCUCGUCAUCCAGCCUGAUCAGAUGCAGACUGUCAACCCGGUCCUGAUCUUGACCCUGGUUCCCAUCAUGGACAGCGUCAUCUACCCUCUCAUCAAAAAAUGUGGCCUGAACUUCACGCCUCUAAAAAGAAUGACCGUGGGGAUGUUCCUCGCAGCGAUGGCCUUUGUCUGCGCUGCUCUGGUUCAGGUUGAAAUCGACAAAACACUGCCCACCUUCCCAUCAGCCUCUCAGAGCCAGUUAAAAUUAUUAAACAUGGGUGCUCAGCCACUCAGAGUCAGACUGCCUGACAAUGUUCAGCUGGAUGUUUUACCAAAUCAGGCCAGUGAUGACUACUUGACGUUUGGAGAGGAAGAAAUCAGUGUGGCUGUGGAGAGCCCCAUAGGAGUGACAAGAACAUUUUCGUUGACCAAGGGAGAACGACAGACACUUCUGCUUCCCUCAGUCGUCUCCCAAGAGUGGCAGCUGACUCGGGAUCUGAAGACUAAACCGCAGCAAGGAAAUAACGAAAUCAGAUUUAUAAACGGAAUGUUAAAAGCAGUGAAUGUGUCCAUUGCUGGAGCAGAUGCCACUUUACUGGAGCCGGAAUUCUAUUCCAACUAUUCCAAAAUCAAAAAUGGAAUUACCACAUUCACCUUAACCAGUGAAUCAGAGUCAUGUGAAUACAGCAAAGAUUUUGGGUUUGGAAGUUCAUAUACUUUCCUAAUUCACAGCACCUUCAAGUUUGGACCUUCUUGUCACGAGUCAAUUAGUGCCGUAGAAGACAUCAAGCCCAACUCUGUUCACAUGGCCCUGCAGAUCCCACAGUACUUCUUCAUCACUGCAGGCGAAGUCAUGUUUUCUGUCACAGGUCUAGAGUUCUCUUACUCUCAGGCGCCAAGUAACAUGAAGGCAGUGCUGCAAGCGGGCUGGUUGCUUACUGUCGCUAUCGGCAACUUCAUUGUUUUGAUCGUGGCCGAGCUUGCCAAGAUUCCCGAACAGUGGGCCGAAUACGUCCUGUUCGCUUCGCUCCUGAUCGCCGUGUGUUUCAUCUUCUCCAUCAUGGCGUACUUCUACACCUACAUAGACCCCACGGAAAUUGAAGCCCAAUUCAAAAAGAAUACAGAUGACAAUGACAAGGAUGAUAAAGGCCUAAAACAGAAAAUGGACGUUAUGAGAGACUCUUUUGAGAGUGACGAUGAGAAAGAUGAAAGGAAACAAACUCAAAUGUGA